GAUUUAGCACGGACUGGGUCGGCGGUGACGACGCCCUUAAACUUAAACCUCGUCCGCGGCGCCGCCGAACCACAUCCUCCACUGCCGCAGCUCUUUGAUAUGUCCCUCCGCCUCCGCCGCCUCCUCCUACUCCCCAAACCCUCGUCCUCUUCCUCUUCCCCCGUCCGUCCUUGGACUCCUCUUCGAUAUUCCUCGGUCCUCCUCUUCUCCACCUCGUCCGCUACCUCCUCGCCGUCGGCCCCUCCCCCUUUCCUCCCCCUGUUCGAUCCGCUCAACGAGCGGCCUCCCGACGCCUUCCCCAGCUCGUCUGAGAUCGCUUCCGCCGUCGGAAAUUGGUUCCGACUGGGCACCGACCCGCUCUCCCUCCUCGACCGGAUCUACGCCGCCCUCGAGUCCUCUCCCGACGAUGGAUCCCUCCACUCCUCCCUCGCCUCCCUCCGCAUCCCUCUUUCCGAAUCCCUCGUCGUCAACUUCCUCCGCCACCGCCCUCACCCCUUCGUCACCUCCGCUACCGGGAGGGCCCUGCUCCUCCUGCGGCUUCGCUUCUUCGACUGGGCUGGACGCCAGUUCCCUUACUUUCAUUCUCGCGGAACUUACCACGCCGUUUUCCGUCUCCUCUCCAAGGCACAGCUUGCCUCCGUCGUCAUCGACUGGCUUCGCGUCUUCUCCUCCGCAUCGCCCGAGCUCCGCCGUCGUCCCUUCCUCCAUGGUGGCUCCGUCGGCCCCACCCCACGCUUCCAUGACACACUUGUGGUUGGCUAUGCGGUCGCCGGCAAACCGGAGCAGGCGCUCCAGCUCUUCGCUCGGAUGCGGUUUUUCGGCCUCGACCUCCAUCCUUUCUCCUACCAUGUCCUCCUCAACUCCCUCGUCGAGGCCUCCUUCUUUGACUUGGCCGACGACCUCAAUAGCGAAAUGUCUGAGCGCGGUAUUGCUGGCCCUGUGUCUGCCUGUAUCCAACUUAAGAGCCUCUGCUGCCAAGGGCUGCUUGCCAAUGCUGAGACUCGCCUCCGCGAGCUUGCUGCUUCUCCAGUGAUUAAUUCCCGCACCGCUGCAAGUCACAUGGUAGGAACCGUUGUCCAAGCCUAUUGCCGGAAAGGGCAAUUUGAAGAUGCAGGAAGGAUAGUUGAUGAGUUCGGUUUCACCGAAGUUUACGGUGUCUGGAUUGGAAACCUUGUUGAUGCGGGAAAGCUUGAUGCCGUGCUAGAAUUUUUAGUGAGCAAGAAGUUCUCGGAGGACUACUUCCCUGAGAGCUUCCAUUACAGCGAGUUGGUCUUCAGGCUUUUGGAGCAGAACCGACUUGAGGAUGUCUACAACGUGCUUGUUGAAAUGAUCGAAGAGGGUAUUGCACCUCACCGGCUGACUAUGAACUCAGCUCUCUGCUUCUUCUGCAAGGCGGGGAUGGUGGAUGUUGCCCUGUUCUUGUAUAACUCUAGACGGGACCUCGGCAUCAAUCCAAGUUCACGGGUCUAUGAUCAUCUGAUCAAUGCUUUGUGUCGUGGGGGAAAUGUGGAUGAUGUCUGCUUGAUAUUGGAGGAUUCCAUGCAACAGGGGCGCUUCCCAGGGAAGCGGACUUUCAAUGUUCUUGCUAACUUUCUUUGCCAAGAGGGAAGGCUCGAUAAGGUGAAUAAGCUGCUUGUUGGUGCUCUUCAGAAGGAUGUGAAACCUUUGCCUGUUGUUUUUGCUAGGUAUAUGUCAGCAUUGUUUAAAGCUGGGAAUCUAGAAGAGGCUUGCCUGAUACCCAAGAUAGUUAGCGGAGAGGAUGCCAGUAUGUUGGGACGCUACAAGUCUACAUAUGUUAAUUUGAUCCAGGCAUUUAUCUUAUUGAGGCAGGUUGAUGUGCUUCCGCAGCUCAUACUUGAGAUGCAAGAGUUUGGUCAUAUUCCAAGUCAAAGUCUUUACAGGUCUGUUGUUUGUUGCUUAUGUGAAAUGGGCAAGCUUAAUGAGGUUCUUGGCCUAUUAAACAGGCAAUUGGAAUGCCUGGAAUUAGAUAAAAGGACAUGUUACAACUACUUCAUUGAUGGAGCAGCACAUGCUAAAAAGCCCGAUGUGGCAAGGGAACUGUACAACAUGAUGCAGAAAGCAGGGAUCGAACCCAGUAUUGAUACUAGUAUUCUCAUCCUCAACAGUUAUCUGAAGAGCAAACAGAUAGGCGAUGCAUUUAAUUUCUUCAACUACAUGUGCAACCAGCAUGAACCUAGUACCAAGUUUUACAAUAUAUUUAUAACUGGUCUUUGUGAAGCUGGGAAGGUAGAGCAAGCUGUGAUGUUCUGGAAGGAGGCAAGAGUAAAGGGAUUCAUUCCAAGUCUCCAAUGUUAUGAAGAUCUUGUUCUUGAAUUAUCUUCUAACAAGGAUUACCAUACUCUUGUGAAAGUUAUCGAGGACUUCCUUGAAACUGGCCGCCCAAUUUCUGCAUUCUUGUGCAAUGUGUUAAUUUUGCACACACUUAAGAGUCGGGAUCUUCUACGGGCCUGGAUUCAGUCAAGAGAGAGUAACAAUGCAGGAGCAGUGAGUGGGGAAACUCAAGUAUCUUCAAGAUCAAUUAUUGACCAUCUUGUUAUGGCAUUUGCUGGUGGAAUCAGAAUAAACGAAAGUAUUGAUAAGUUAGAUGAAUUGCUUGAAAGAUUCUUUCCGCUUGAUGUUUUUACAUACAAUAUGUUAAUGCGGGGCAUGUGUAAGGAAGGGAGAAUAGAUUUUGCCUGUCAGUUGUUUCAUAAGAUGUCCAGAAAAGGUUUUGAGCCAAACAGAUGGAGUUUUGACAUUCUAGUCCAUGGUUUCUGCAAACUAGGUAAAAGAAGAGAAGCUGAGAGAUGGAUGGAAGCAAUGUAUCGUAAUGGGUUUCACCCGACCUGGUAUACAAUGAGGAUCUAUAACAACACCACUUAGUAAAGAUGGUUACUACAAAUGCAAACUUGAUGUCCUACAACAUUCUGGUGCUUUUCAUGGCCUCAAAUUGAGCAGGUUCCUUUUUCUUGAGAACAAGAAGCCGUGCGUCUAUGGUCUGUCAAUAUCUUGUGUGAGUAAAGAGUGCCUUCAGAUUGAUUUUGUAUUAUUGAAAUGUUAUUCAUCUGUUAACUGAUAAUUUUGUUUCCAAAUAAAAUACUGAUCCUCUUCCUCAGGAUUCAAUGACUGAAAUUUGUAAUUCAAAAAUAAGUUAGUUACCUAGCAGAAGAGAUCCAAUCACCCAGCCUCCAAGCUUGCCAUUGAUUGCAGUCUUGCCUUCGAAGUCCAAUUGAUCCAUCAAGCUUUCUCUUCAUGCUGAAGGAAACAGCCAAUUAAUCAUCCCAUGCUUCAAUUGUAUUACGCACAGUAAAAAAUUUAUUUACGUCUUAAUUAUAUCAUUUUCUAUUUGUUGUGCACUUAUUCUUAGUCUGUAGAAAUAGGGCUGUAAAUUCCUUGAGAACUUGAAAGCUAUAGCAACAAACAAAUUGAUCAGACUUAGAGUGAUACUUUUCAGUAACUUGUAGCAUGCUUGGAAUUAGUUGAAAACCAAGUUGCCUAGUUUGCUGAGAGACAUAAACUACAAAGAAGUGGAGCCAUUUCUUCAAGCAAGUUUUACUUGCAAAUGCAUAAUGGCUCGUACACUCUUUGAAGUGUAAAAAUUGUUUCAAACUAUGCAUGCAAUGUAUUACGGCUGGUAUAAUAUCAGAAAAAAAACAUUGUAUUCUUCACUGUAAAGCUUGGUAUAGAGACAUACUACUUCUAGAAUGAACUUGUCUAAAACAUGUGUUUCAUCCAUUCAUACCCUUCAUAAUCCACCUACAUGAGCAUCUUUUUGCUCGAAUAUGCCAAAUUGAUAUAAGAUUGGUGAACUACCGUAAUCCAGAAGACAACAUGACAAAUUAUCUACGACAUACAUGACUUU